UUAAAUGAACUUUGAGGUUCCUCCCAGCCCAAACCUUUCCAUGGUUCUUUGUUGAGUUGGGAUUGGUCAAAGGCUGAACUCAAAGAUCCUGGAUUUCCAACCUCAGUGAUUCUGUGAUUCUGCCACUUGGAUCCCCCUGGGAGAACCAAUCUGCCUUUACUGGUGUCUCAAAGUCAUGGCCCCAGGUUCCAUCUCUGCAGAAAUCCAGGCCCAGCAGCAAUCCCAAAUCCUGAGGCACUGAUGAAAACCUGUGUGCACUUAUCAGUGCCAGAGAAUUAGAGAUGAACUGGAGCACCAGGGGCUGUUGCAGUGCCUGUCUCACAGCCCCAUUCCCUCAGGGAAAUGAUCAGGGGGGCAGAAAUUUUCCAGUGAGACCCAGGUAAUUCCAUCAGGGCUGGCAGCUGAGGUGCCUCAGUACUGCUGGUGAUUACUGAGGCUCCUUGUUCAUUCUCUUUGUGUCUUAAUUCUGCUGCCAAUGUCAUCCCUGGAAUAGAUUUUGGGCACAGUGACAGCAGCAGUCCUCCCACACCGUGUGUAAAUCGGGUAUAAAAAGCUGCAGUGUGAGCCCUGCCUGUUGUACAUCUGAGCUGGAAAAGCCCCUCUCACAUCAGGAGGAUAAAGCCUGGUGCUAUUUCAGGCCUUCAGCACAGAUGUGCAAUAAAACCCCCACGGUUCACACCCAGCAUUACUUACAAAAUAACUCCAUUAAUAACCUGCAGAGCCAUAAAGGCACUUUGCAUCGUUGGUUUGCACAGAUUGGGCAUGAAAGGAAUGACCAGGAAGCUGAGGGAGUGCUUGACCUGUGCUGUCCACCAGGGCAGGAGGGGUGGUGGGUUUAUUCCAGCACAGGCACUGUGCCUGAAAAUAGAAAGGUACCUAAAGCAAAGCCUUUUAUGCACCUUCAGGCCAUUGUCCUGGGAUCACAGCACUCCUGGAAAAUCUAUGGAUACAGAAUAAGCGGGAAGCGCCCUGGCAGAGCAUGAGCGGCCGUGGCGCGGCGGGCCAUGCCCUUCUCCAACAGCUCUGAGCUCAGCCCGUCCUUCCUGCUGGCCAGCAUCCCGGGGCUGGAGGCGGCGCAGGCCUGGGUGGCCAUCCCGCUGUGCUCGGCCUACGUGCUGGCCCUGCUGGGCAACUGCGCCGUGCUGCUGGUGGUGCGCGCCGAGCCCAGCCUGCACGCGCCCAUGUACUUCUUCCUCUGCAUGCUGGCCGCCAUCGACCUGGCGCUGGCCACCGCCACCGUGCCGCGCAUCCUCUGCUUCUACUGGUUCGGCAGCCGGGAGAUCAGCUUCGGGGCCUGCCUGCUGCAGAUGUUCCUCAUCCACACGCUGUCGGCCGUCGAGUCCAGCGUGCUGCUGGCCAUGGCCGUGGACCGCUACGUGGCCAUCUGCCACCCGCUGCGCCACGCCGCCAUCCUCACCAACGGCGCCACGGCCAAGGUGGGGCUGCUGGCCAUGGCGCGGGGCGUGCUCUUCUUCCUGCCCCUGCCCCUGCUGCUGCUGCCCCUGCCCUUCUGCGGCUCCCGGGCGCUGUCCCACUCCUUCUGCCUGCACCAGGACGUGAUGAACCUGGCCUGCGCCAACACCACCCCCAGCGUGGUGUACGGGCUCACGGCCAUCCUGCUGGUCAUGGGGCUGGACGCCGUGCUCAUCUGCCUCUCCUACCUCCUCAUCCUCAAGGCCGUGCUGCGCCUGGCGGCCUGGAGGGAGCGGCUCAAGGUGUUCAGCACCUGCAUCGCCCACAUCUGCGUGGUGCUGGCCUUCUACGUGCCCCUGAUCGGGCUCUCCGUGGUGCACAGGUUUGGGAAGAACCUGGCCCCGCUGGUCCACAUCAUCAUGGGCAACGUCUACAUCCUGGUGCCCGCCGUGCUCAACCCCAUCAUCUACGGGGUGAGGACCAAGCAGAUCCAGAGGAGGAUCCUGAGUCUGAUCCAUGUCACCGACAGAGCUCCGCGGUGACCCGGGCUCAGCCCGUGCCCUCACUCCGGCUCAUGUUGGGCACUCGGUCUCUGCUGCUGGGCUGUGCCCUCCCUGUGCCCUGAGGUGCUGCCACCAGGCAGGAGCUGGCUGCAAACUCCUUCCCAGAGUGUUCACCCUCACCAAACCUGAAAUGGCUGCAGGGAUCUAGAUCCACAUCUGAUUCCACAAGAAGGGAAAAGUGACUCGGCCGACUCACCCAGAUGUCCCAACACUGCUCCUCUUGGUUCCUGCCCCGCCUCUGACAGUGGCAGAGCAGAGCAAAUGCUGGAUGGUUUGGGAUGAUUCAGUUUAUUAAUUGUUUUCACGUGAGGCAAGGCCACAUUCCAAAAUUUUUACCAGAAAAUUUGCAUGUAGCAUCAUUCUGUAAGUAAAAUAAUAAAUAAUAAUAAAGUAAAUAAAUAAAUAAAUAAUAAAAUAAAUAAUAAUAAAGUAAAAUAAUUACAGGACACCUGUCCAAAGUGAUAUUACAGAUGCAGAAAAGCAUUUCAGAAGAAGAACAUCCACCUCUGUGGUCUUGUUCUGACCUGUGCUCUGUCAAGACCCCUCAACCUCCUCGUAGCAGAUGCUGUGGAAAAACUUCAGAGUCAGAGAUGCUGGUAGCAAUUGUAAAAAUAAUUUAUAUUAAUAAUUGUAUUCAAUAAAAUGAAAACAUCUCAAGGGAAAAAAUAAGCACAUUAUAAAUGUUAGCGAUGACUCCAAGCUGAAGGAAGUCUCAUUUCCAAGCCAAAGGUGUUCCACACUGGGAAUUCCUAAAAAGUCCUGUCACUGGCACCACUGGACAGGGUCUGGCACCAUCCUCUGGCACACCCUGGGGAGAUUGGUGUGGGUGGAUGGGAGCCCCUCUCAGUGCUCUGGUUAUGAUGAGUUUGCUGUGGUUUCACAGGAGCUGUGGUUUCACAGGAAUUGGGGUUUCCCUCGAGGUGAAGUCAGGGAUGUGUUUGCAGUUCCCUCCUGGCAGGGACUUGUGCAGAGCCACAAGGUCCCCCCUGAGCCUCCUUUUCUCCAGGC